UGUAUAAUCGAUAUGUGUUGUUUUUGUUUAAUAUAUAUGCAUUACUUAUCAGUGAUCAAUAAUUCUUAAAUAUAGUAGUACCAUGGAUCUGAUCCUGCGGUAGAUUAUAGGCAUCACUUACAUAUUAUCUUUAGUUGUGAACUUGUGAGGCAGGUAUCCCAAAUGAUCAAAUAUAUAUUGAAGUUCUUAAAAAUGUAAAAUCUCUUGAUGGUGUCAGUAGCUUUAAACGAAAACGAACAAAAAAUAUAUAACUCUGUGUAAUCAGCUUCAUCAGUUUAGCUAUAAAAUUACGAAGUCAGAUUUCUUGCUGGAUAAUACGAGGCGGUUAGUUUAAAGUCGGAAAGUUUUGUUAUAAAUUCCAGUGAUUCACCAUCUAUCAUAAAAGUCAUUUAUUUGAUUGGUUGAACUGUCCCUUUAUCACUUUUCAUCAGCUGCAAACUCUUUGGGAAAACUAUGGAUUCUGAAGAACAGGUUUCCCUUCAAAUUCCAUCUCUCAUCAAAUACAUAUCCUCUAAUGAAGUGGUUGGUUUUGAUAAUGUUGAGGAGCAUACCAUUCUCAAUGAUAAGCCUCAACCAUCAGCUGAGGAAAUUGAGAUAGCUGCUUUAGAAAGCACAGUUGAUGAAUAUGAACAACCAAUUCAUCAAAGGAUGCACUCUGUUUCUAUUAGUAUGCCGCCAUCACCCGUGGAAGUUCAUUUAGAGAAAAUAAAAGGAAUUCUCUUCAGUCCUGAAACAAUUUUCAACGGUGGAAUUCCAGAUUCUUCUUCUGCUGCAAUUAAGAGUCCUAGUAGCAGCAAACUUCCGGAAGCAGCAAAGUGUCACUCUCAACCCUUGCCAAAAGGCUCUGCAUUUGAAGAUCAGGCAACGCAUGCUGGGCAUUUCCCCUAUCAUCCAAGUAUUAUAACGCUGAGAGAUAACAGGUUUGAUAAUUUCAAGACAUGGUCCGGAAAAUUUAAAAGGCAGAUAACACUACUACGGGGAAAGACACCGCGAAAAAGUGAUCAACCAGAGAAUGCUUUUGCUCAAAGUACAGAUCAAGUUGACCGUUUACCCGCAGACCGUUACUUUGAUGCAUUGGAAGGGCCUGAGUUGGACACUCUUAGGGCUUCAGAGGAAAUAAUGCUUCCAGAGGACAAGCAGUGGCCAUUUCUUCUCCGGUAUCCCAUUUCUUCAUUUAGCAUCUGCCUUGGUGUCAGCAGCCACGCUAUUUUGUGGAAAACCCUACCUACCUCGGCCUCCACGAAAUUUCUCCACUUGAACCUUAAAACAAAUUUGGCUCUGUGGUGCAUUGCCGUUGCUACAUUAGUUGGUGUUGCUUGCAUCUACCUUCUUAAAAUCAUCUUUUACUUUGAAGCAGUUCGUCGCGAGUAUUUCCACCCAAUUCGAAUCAACUUCUUCUUUUCCCCAUUUAUAGCCAUCUUAUUCUUAGCUCUAGGAGUGCCACCUUCCAUUUCUAGCAACCUCCAUCCAGCUCUCUGGUACAUCAUCAUGACCCCACUUUUAUGUCUUGAGCUUAAAAUCUAUGGACAGUGGAUGUCAGGAGGGCAACGCCGGCUUUCAAAAGUAGCCAAUCCUGUUAACCAUCUCUCCAUUGUUGGCAACUUUGCGGGGGCUCUGCUAGGUGCUUCAAUGGGACUAAGAGAAGGACCAAUAUUCUUCUUCGCAGUUGGGAUGGUUCACUAUAUGGUCUUAUUUGUAACUCUUUACCAGAGACUUCCAACAAAUGAGACAGUAAUCCCAAAGGAGCUCCAUCCUGUGUUCUUUCUGUUUGUUGCUACACCUAGCGCAGCUUCCAUGGCUUGGGCAAGAAUCCAAGGCUCCUUUGAUUAUGGCUCGCGGAUUGCUUACUUCAUCGCCAUGUUCCUUUAUCUCUCACUGGCAGUCCGAAUCAAUUUCUUCCGAGGAUUCAAGUUCUCAUUGGCAUGGUGGGCAUACACUUUCCCAAUGACUGGUGCUGCCAUUGCAACCAUCAGGUACUCGAAUGAAGUAACGACUGUAGCAACUCAAGCUUUGGCUGUCAUACUCUCCAUCAUUGCCACGCUCACGGUCACUGCUCUCUUCAUAACAACCGUCUUGCAUGCCUUUGUGCUUCAAGACCUCUUCCCCAAUGACAUUGCAAUUGCCAUCAGCGACAGAAGCCCAAAUGUACCACGCAGAAAGUGGUUCCAUCUAAAAAAUGGAACCUCUUCGGAUUCAAAAGACAUUGAGAAUUUCUUGAAGUCAGCAACAAGCUCAGAAAAAAAGGAUUUGGAAAUUAAAACGUUACUUGAAACUGCCAAGCUCUAGCUAGCUGCUUGAACAUGAGAGGAACUUAAGUUCCAGUAAACAUGUCAAAUCUAGCAUAUGUAAAGACUAAAGA